AUGCUCCUGCCGCUGCUCUUCGGGGUGCUGUGGGGCGCUGAGUGGGCCGAGGGUUGGGACCCCAAAAAGGCGAAGGAUCGGGAUAAAGACUACCGGCUGACGGUGGAGCGGGUGGUGACGGUGCCGCGGGGCCUGUGUGUGCGGGUGCCCUGCUCCUUCUCCUACCCUCGGGAGAUCAACACCAAGGCUGCCCCGGUGCAAGGCCACUGGUUCAGAGAUGGGACCGACGCCCUCAGCGGUUUUCCCGUGGCCACAACCAACCAGUCCCGGAGGCUGUACUGGAAGGCCAAGGGCCGCUUCCAGCUCGUGGGCAGUCCCGGGGAUGGCAGCUGCUCCUUGCUGCUCACGGAUGCCUGGAUGGGAGACCGAGGGCUGUAUUUCUUUCGGGUCGAGGGCGGCGCUGCCCUGCGAUACAGCUUUGUGAACAAUAAGUUCUUUCUGAAUGUGACAGCCCUGACACCGGAGCCAGCCGUCUACGUCCCCGAGACCCUGGAGCCUGGGCGCCAGGCCACAGCCGUCUGUGCGUUUAAGUUUUCCUCGCAACAGUGUCUAGCCCCUACCCUCUCCUGGACGGGGGCUGCCCUCUCCCCCCAAGAAAUCGGGGUGACAACGGCCUACGUCUCCGUUCUCACCUUCACGCCCAGACGGCAGGACCACGGCACCGACCUCACCUGUCGCGCGAGCUUCUCCACUCAGGGCCUGAGCUCCGAACGCAGCGUCCGGCUGAACGUGGCCUAUGCCCCCGAAGUCCCGGUCAUCAGCAUUUCCUGGGACAACGGGCCAGCCCUGGAGCUCCAGGCGGACAGCCCACACCUGCAAGCCCGGAAGGGGCAGCCCCUGCGGCUGCUCUGUGCUGCGGACAGCCGGCCCCCCGCCAACCUGAGCUGGGCCCUGGGGGACAGGGUCCUCUCCUGGUCCAACCCCGCGGGGCCCGGGGGCCUGGAGCUGGUGCUGCCCGGGGCGCGGCCCGGGGACGCAGGGCGCUACUCCUGCCGCGCGGAGAACCGGCUUGGCGUCCGGAGCCGCACCCUGAGCCUCUCUGUGCGCUAUGCCCCGGAGAACCUGACCGUGACCGUCUCCCGAGCAAAUGGGACAGUCCUGGAGACGCUCGGGAGCGGCGCGUCCCUCCCGGUCCUGGAGGGCCAAAGCCUGCGCCUGCUCUGCGUCACCCACAGCGACCCCCCAGCCUCGCUGAGCUGGUCCCGGGGGCCACAGACCCUGAGCCCCUCCCAGCCCUCGGACCCUGGGGUCCUGGAGCUGCCCGGCGUGCGAACGGAGCACGAAGGCGAAUUCAUUUGCCGCGCUCAGAACCCGCUGGGCGCCCUCAGCGUCUCGCUGCGCCUCUCUGUGCACUACCCCCCGCAGCUGCUGGGACCCUCCUGCUCCUGGGAGGACCAGGGUCUGCACUGCAGCUGCUCCUCCAGGGCCCAGCCGGCCCCCUCCCUGCGCUGGCGGCUGGGGGCGGGGCUGCUGGAGGGGAACCAUGGCAACGCCUCCCACGUGGUCACCUCCAGCUCAGAGGGGCCCUGGACCAACAGCUCCCUGAGCCUCCGCUUUGGGCUCAGCCCUGACCUCAGACUCAGCUGCGAGGCCCGGAAUGUGCACGGGGUCCAGAGCGCCUCUGUCCUGCUGCUGCCAGGUCAGGGCCUGCUGGGGGCAGAGAAGGAACUCAUCGCGAAAGGAUUCUCUAAAGGAGUAGCUCUGGGCACCGGCGUCACCACCCUCCUCUGCCUCUGCCUCUGCCUCUGCCUCGUCCUGGUCAUCGUGAAGAUUCUGCGGAAGACCCAGACCCCGGAGGAGGCGGCAGCGGCGGCGGAGACUCCGGCGGAGACUCCCAGGCGGACCGAGACGUGGAGGUCCAGGCUCACCCGGAGGAGCACGAUCCUGGAUUACAUCAACGUGGUCCCCAAGGCCCGCGGCCUGGCUCAGAAUCCAAAGGCCAAGCCCAGCAGCCCUUCCAGAGCCCCUCCUGCAGCUGCUAACUCCCCGAGACGGAAAAUGUCCCCUCCAGCCCCAGAAUCAAGGAACAGCCAACAGGAGAUCCAUUAUGCUGCCCUCAGCUUCCCCGGCCUCCGGCCGCAGGAGGCCCAGGAGGCCCAGGACACCAACUCGGAAUAUGCCGAAAUCAGGUUCCGCUGA